AUGAUCAAGCUUCCGCUGCAUGCUGUAGACAGAUUCAGCGAAGUGGUUUUGAACUGCGUCAGUUGUCCAAGGACCAUCGACGAGUUGGCUGGGAAUGUGGCAAGCAAAAGCGACCGAAUCAGCAUUGCACUGGUCAAGGUAGCGGAGCCCACCAGUGAGCCCUGGCUGACGCUGCACUACGACGAGUGGAUGUGUGUGCUCAAAGGCCGCCUCGUCUUGCUGCAUGGAUCUGGUGAGAGUCUGGAGGUCCUAGCAGGCCAAACAGUCUUCAUCGAGAAAGGGGAGCGGUUCCGGCCGACUUUCCCUGAUGGUGCCACAGAGUAUAUCCCGGUCUGUCUUCCAGCUUUCCGCCCGGACCGCUGUAUCCGCGAGGAGGCAGAAGGUGCAGUCAGCGUGCGACUGGAGCAGCUGCAUGGAGGACGCGGCGGUUAUCAGCAAGGAAACGUGCCGGACGCCGAUGCUUCAGAAGUCCUCUACCACAUGUGUCUCAAGUCGCUGUGGGAUGAAGCCAAGACUGCGGCAGCCGCAUACUUUCCACCGACCUUCGAUGCAGACGGCUUCACGCAUGCCACUGCGAUUCCCUCGCGGCUACUGGAAACGGCCAAUCAUUUCUACCAGGAGUCUCGGUUGAGAGGAAAAGUUGGCACCGGCAAGUCGAGCCCAGAAAGCAACAAGUACUAA